UGGAAGCUCGAUUGCAUUUUUGUGUUAUCGAAAUGGAUCAUUCUUUUCAUUUGUCUCUUUUCAUUAAUGCCAAAUGGUAUUAUCGCGCAAAACGAGACGUUCGAGAAUUUCUUCGGACUGGAUUCACACGAAUCGACCGCGAGUUAUAAUGCGGAAGAGAACAUCGAAUCGCUGCCGCACGAGAAGAAGGUAGAAACUCCUCUGGAACUUGAAGAUCUCGCUGUGGAGGAGAAAGAUUUAACUCCAAUAGAGAAAAAAAAUAACGAGGAAAAUCCGACUCAAAUUUUACCGGAAAUUGAAAAUGUUUUUGCACCGAAAGGUGAGUCCAAGAGUGAUUCACCCUUCGUUCAAAGUAUUUCUGGUAAAAUGGCAAACGAGAAGAAUGGAAAAUAUGUAAGAUACGAUUCGAAAUUACCUGAGGCUGAUAGGUACGCGCCACGUCCAGAGGACAAUCCGCCUUUCUAUACAUUAAAAGAAGACAGGUUAAAGGAGAUUCGUUCUGAAUUCAUGUACUGGUAUUUCGAUAAAGGUGGCAACAAUGAUAUGGGAGAUUACCAAACGCCUUUGCAGGCGACAACGUUGCAAAUUCACAAAAAUUUGAAUUUUCAAUUACCUUUCUUUGGCUUCAGAUUCAAUUAUACACGAUUAAUAGUUAACGGGUACCUGGAAUUUAGCGAUCCACCGGAGUACUUUACGUAUCCUCUCGUUUUUCCGAUUAAAGAUUGGCCUAGGAAAAAUGACCCCAGUUUCAUCGGCAUCUUCUUCAGUAAAUGUCGUAUAGGUAGAUUGAGAGAAACCGAUCUCGAUCAGAGGAAACCGGGGGUGUAUUUUAGACUUGAAAGGGAUUUGCAAGGGAGAAAUGAUCAAUUUGGCGUAGAGAUGCGAGAGCGUCUCAUGUGGGACAUACGCGAGGGUGUUGUCGGCGCUGAUUCCUUCGUGCCUAAACACGCCCUGAUAGCAACCUGGAAGAACAUGUCCUUUGCAGGUGGCAUCGGCCAAUCUCUUUUUACAACUAAUACAUUUCAAUUGGUUUUGGCUACCGAUGAAGUAUUUACUUACGCUAUAUUCAAUUAUCUGAAUAUACAAUGGACCAGUCAUACGGAGGCAGGCGGCGAUACGACACAAGGCGAAAACGGAGUCCCUGCAUACGUGGGUUUCAACGCUGGGAACGGCACUCAGAGCUACGAAUAUAAGCCUUACUCUCAGGCAACCACAAUCCGUGAUUUAACGAGCAGAGGAUGGGCGAAUGGUUUUCCGGGUCGGCACAUUUUCAGGAUAGACGAGAAAAUAAUGUUGGGCACCUGUAACAAGGACAUUGCCGGAGCACACCUGCCGCUGGUUUUUGCCCCGGAAAGUGGAAACAUGUUGGGCGGCACCGUCGUCAACAUCACAGGCCCAUGCUUCAACGAGUCUCAGAAGAUAAAGUGCCGUUUCGAAAACGAGGUUGUUAUGGGCACAGUAAUAGACAAAAAUCGCGCAAUUUGCGUACAACCGUUCUUAAAAUACGAAGGCUACAUACGUUUCUACAUUGCCAUCGACAGUGGAACUUACGAUUGGAAAGGCAAAUACUUCGUUGAAACUCCGGCUUCGGCGACAGAGAGGAUCUUUUUCAGCGACAAAGAGGCCAUUCACAUGAAAGAUCCCGCGGAAAUCAGAUUCACAUGGAACGCGUAUAAUUUGACGAGUAAUAUAGAAGCAAAGGUGCAUAUAUCAUUGUGGGGAUACAGGGAAACCAAGACAAGACCCGAAUUUGAAUACAUAACGACUUUAGAGAGAUCAUAUAACAAUAUUGGUAAAUACACCAUCAAACCAGCUAAAUACCGAGACGCGUACAAUCCGUAUCAUAGCGACAUGAUUUUUGGCUUCAUACAGAUCAACUUGACGGAACCGCAUUUGUACUCUGGACUCUCGAUAACACCGAGCUUGUGGAGCAGACCAAUUCCGCUCGGUUGGUACUUUGCUCCUCAAUGGGAACGGCAAUAUGGAUCGCGGUGGCCUCAGAAACUCUGCGAUAAAUGGAUUAUGAACGACCGGUAUCUUAAGAACUUCGCCGCUGAGGUAGCGCUUUGUCCUUGCAUUCUGGACCACGCUCUGUACGAUAAAGGCCGCUUCCUUCCGGAUUACAAUUGCGACAAAGAUUCGAAUAUAGAUUGCUAUUACAAUCAAUAUGCAUCUCACUGCGUGAGGACAGGCGCACCUAAUUUGGACGGAUCAGAACAACAAUGUUGUUACGAUAAAAAUGGUUUUCUGAUGCUGACUUACGAUCAGCAAUGGGGAUCGCGACCGCAUCGAUCGCAUAAUUUAGGCUAUUUCCCAUGGAACGAGGCUAACAAGGUUCCAACUCUUUCGCACUGGUAUCAUGAUGUCGUACCCAUGUAUACGUGUUGUCUCUGGCAAGAAGAACAAGCGGUCGGUUGCGAGACAUUUCGAUUUGAGAGAAGACCGUCGCAGGAUUGCAUUGCCUAUCAAUCACCAGGCGUGGCGACGGUAUUCGGUGAUCCCCACUUUGUCACGUUCGACAAUGUAGAGUACACUUUCAAUGGUAAAGGUGAAUUCGUUUUAUUACGAGUAAACGAUCUUAAAGACAAACUCGAUGUGCAAGGUAGAUUCGAACAAAUGCCCGUCAACGCUUAUGGUUCAGUGAUGGCAACGCAUCUUACUUCGAUAGCAGCGAGAGGAAAUAACUCUGCCACCAUCGAAGUUCGUUUGAGACCCACACAUGCACAAUGGAGAUAUCGGCUCGAUGUCUUCGCGGAUGGCCAAAGAUUAUAUUUUGACAGGCCAUCCUUGAAAUUCCAACAUUUCUCCGGGGUCGUUGUUUAUACGCCCACAUACAUUCUGAAUCAGAGCGAAGUCAUUAUCAUGUUCGAUACCGGUGCUGGCGUGGAAAUCGUGGAAAACGAAGGUUUCUUGUCCGCACGAAUAUAUUUACCGUGGACGUAUUUGAAUAAAACCAAUGGAUUACUUGGAAUUUGGAAUUUCGAUGGCACAGACGAUUUGAUAAGCCCACUGGGAUAUCAAGUCCCUAUCAAUAGCGUAAAUCAUUCGGAAACUAUUCAUAGAGAUUUCGCAAUACAUUGGAUGCUAGAAGAUAAAGAAAACAAACUAUUGGGAGCGGCUUUAUUCCACAGGGAAUUUGGUAGAACAGCGAGUUAUUACGCUAAUCGCACGUUCGAGCCGGAAUAUCGAAAAUACCCGACGGAGAUACUCCCAAUAAAUAGAACAUAUGACAUAAAUCGUGCGGUUGAUUUGUGCGGCAAUUCGUAUCAAUGUCAGUACGAUUAUGUCAUGACUUUAAAUCGAGAUUUAGCGCAUUUUACUAGAAAUUAUUACGAUACCUUCACCCAAAUCAAUGCGUUAAAUAAAAAGGAAAUUGUAUCCUGCGGUGUACUGGAAACACCACGGUUCGGACGUAAAAGCAAUUUCCUGUUUAUCCCGGGGACAAAAGUGAGUUUCGAAUGCAAUCAGGAUUUCAUACUUGUCGGUGAUCAACGUCGGGUGUGCACACCGGAAGGCCGAUGGAACACUCCGGAGUACGGGUACACGGAAUGUCUUCGUCGCAUCGAGUACGUUCAGCGUACAGCUUGGACCGUAAUGGGCAUUAUUAGCAUCGUGUUAAUUCCCGUUGUGGCAUGCAUCGCUGGUGGUUUUAUCUAUAUAAGAAGGAAUCAGAUGCGAGGAGGUUCCACGAAAUCAUGGCGCUAUUCUGAGCGCGGCUCUGGCACUGAUAACGAAUCCAUGUUGAAGCAGACCGCGCCAUUAAAAUCAUACGACGAUAGGGCCAUUACUCCAAUUAGUGAUGCUAGCACAAUUGAAACUAAUAGCGGCACUAGAAAACGCCGUAGUUACGACAGAGUUUAUCGUACACACGAACCUUUACCUAAUAGACCGUACAUUGACUUCGAGGAUAAAGAUUUUGAUCUAAAGGAGCCCAUCUCACCUACGGACUCAGAUUCGGGGGCAGAUUCGAUUAGGAAAACGGGCAGUCCCGCCAAAGAGAGUGACGUUUAGAUGACGUUUGUUUCAAUAGCAUUGUAAUAGAAAUGAGAUAUAUUCUGUUGGUAAAGUUGCUUUUAGUACGCAUCAUUAUUUGAAUGCAGUACGUAUGCGUGUAUGUAUGCGAUGUAUGUAUGCGAUGUAUGUAUGAUCAUGACAGUGUACAUCUCAAUUUCAAAUAACCUACAUCUUGCAUACAUCAAAUUAAUAUCGAUUAUACCUAGAUUCGACAUUAACUUGGCACGAGAUAUGGAUUAAAAUUUAACAAAUUAGCCAUAGAUAAACCGCGUAUUUUUACUAAAUUUCAGACAGUAUAAUCUAAACAUAAUUUCAUUAUCAUUUUCGUAUCGUUCGGCGUUAUUCAGUGUUUAUUCGUAUAGAUAAUAAGGAUACUACUGUUCUUGCUGUGGAAUAGAAAUAGUUGCAGUAUUAAUUGUAUUUAGAAUACAUAUAUGAUCAUUUAUUGAUAUAAUGUAAUUAAUACGUUUCAAAAAUAUUAAAUAAGCGAAGAUUAAAUAAACAUCUAAUAUUUAAUUAUACAACUACAUAAACCGACCAUAACUGGUUUAUAUAGUUGUAACAAUUACAUUUCUCCCGCAAUUUAAUUAUGCCAUAUAUUUGUGCUUUACAUACUGUAAAAAGAUUUAUUUUAAUAAACUUUUAUAUACAUCA